AUCACCACCAAUUCACCCUCCUCUUCUCUUGUUUCUCCUCUCCACCUCAAUUCCACCCCCCGGAACCACACCAUGGCGCCGUCUCGAUCCUCCGCCUCAUGGCUGUCCUCCGCCUUGGCUGUGUGUGCCAUCCUGUGUUUGACGGUGCCCGCCAAUGCUCUCUACUUCUACAUGGACGGACGCCAGACCAAGUGCUUCUUUGAGGAGCUCCCUAAGGAUACGUUGGUCGUUGGAACCUACUCCACCGCCGUAAUCAACCAACAAACCAACACCUACACGGUAGACCCGAACCUCAAGAUGCUCGUAACGGUAGACGAGAUCUUCGACAACGACCACCGCGUCGUCUCCAAGCGCGACAGUGACACCGGCCGGUUUACCUUCUCCGCUGCCGACGCCGGUCUGCACAAGAUCUGCGUCACCCCCGAGACGAACGCCGCCGUGGGUAGCGGCUGGCUGGGCGGUGCCCCUAACGGUGCGGUCCAAGUUACCCUGGAUAUGGCGAUCGGGGAGACGAGCAAGAUUGAGACCGAGGAUAAGGAUAAGAUGCAGGAUAUUGUGCAGAAGGUUAAGGAUUUGAAUGGGAGAUUGCAGGAUAUUCGUAGGGAGCAGGUGUUUCAGCGGGAGCGCGAAGCCGAAUUCCGUGACCAGUCUGAGGCUACUAAUGGACGUGUGGUGCGGUGGACGUUGAUCCAGUUGGCUGUGUUGUCGGUGACGUGUGCUUGGCAACUGUCGCAUCUGCGGUCGUUUUUUAUCAAGCAGAAGUUGACAUAAUUGCCUACCUCUGAUUGAUGAGGGGGUGGUUAUGGUGAGGAAAAGAAUGGGGUGGUGGGUGCGGGCAGGUACCUGGCCUGAUUUGUUGUAUCUUAUGGGUUUGUUUUCGAGCAGAUAAACUACCUUAUUGAUGGUUUAGCGAUAAUCUCUACCUGGGGGAAGGAAGUGUAGGUAGAUUGGCUUGGGGCUGUAGGUAGGGUAUGGCAGUGGUUCUGGGUGGUGUAGAGAUGGUGAGUUGGUGGCAUAUGAGGGCUGAUUAUGUCCGGCUGGGUAUGUCUGGCUGGCAGGUCAUGAGCUGUCUGGAUUGUACUACGGGUAUGCUCAUACUCAUUCUAUGCCCUGCUAGCAUCUCAUUUCAAUAUCUACAGACACCCAGCAG